AUGGCGUCGUGGUAAAACUGGGUUGUGUUGUUGACUCAGAGGUAUAAUUUUACAUUCGGAUACGGAAAAUAUAAUUAUCGUUUAACUGACAAGUUGAUUACUUCAUCUGCUGUCAAAGACACAGACAACAUGAUAUCAGACCUUAUAAUAUUCGGAACUCUUCUAGUAAAUGCAGGGGCAAUACUUAAUUUUAAGUUAAAAAAGAAGCAUGGAGAUACAGACUCGUUUGAAGUGGAAUCACAAGAACCUACUACUGGUGAUAAAAUAAGGGAAUUUCUAUUAAAUCUUCGAUAUUUUAGAAUAUUUAUUGGUAUUUGGAACAUUGUUAUAAUAUUUCUGAUGAUUGUAUUAUUUGGUUCAUAGCAUCAAGUGAUAAAUAGUUUUAACCUGCAUCUGUCAUGACUGCACAUCAAUGAGAAAUACACGACUAUUCAUUGGAGAGGGGGAGGUGUUACAAACAUCAUACAAUGUACAUGUACAUAGCCAUUUUGGUCAUCAAAGCAGUGUUGCCCAUAAACAGAAAUGUCCUUCAAUGUGUUAAAAGAAUACAGUUUAUGUUUUAAGAUGCUACUCGACAUGUGUACAUAUUUUAGUGCAUGUAACACUGGCAUUAUAUUGUUAAAAUCUGACUAUAAUUAACCUUUUAGAUAGUAUUUAACAGUAUCAUGUGUACAUGUUUAAUCAGUGUAAAUAUAUUUUUUUUGGGGGGGGGGGGUAAAACACUCAAAUAAUAUGCAUCAAAGAAAAUUUAGCGGAAAACACAUUUUGUCAUUAAAACAUACUAAAAAUAUCAAUUUAUUAAUAUUGAACAAGUACAAGAUACUACAACAUAUGUCACUGACAUAUUUUUUGAUAUAUCCAACAUAGGAAACAAGUAAAAUGCUCUAAAACAAAGCAUAGUAUUCUCACUCAAUUCUUUCUAUUGAUUUUCUCUGAACAGAGUAUGGUGACCCCAAAUUUUUAUAUCAUUGUCUUUAUCUUUGUCAGUCAUAUGUGAUAAGAAAAUGACAUUUACUUUUUGAGUAGCAUUCUACACAUUCGAUAAUCAUAUUACAUGUAUCAAAGAAUUGUUUAGCAUGUUUUAAUUGGUAACUGGUGGAGUUUAUUUCCCAUGUACAUGUAUGGAGAACUUUUUCAGUAAACUGGAUUUAUUCAAAAUCCUUGCCUAUCUGUAUUGAGGAAGCCUACUGGGCCAAUCACCCAUUUUUGCAUACACAAUUCUUCCUAAAUUUCUUAGACCAGUUGGGGUUGUAACAUACUGGCUGCAUCAUGUAACAUACAAACGCAAUUAAGUGUGACCAUAUUUUAACAUUUCCAAUCACCUGACCAACCCACAUUCGUUUCACUUACAAUUACUUGUGGUUAUAAAAAAUGGUUUAUGAGUUGAGUAAAUUAAAUGCAAGACUUGUACAUUAUUGGGACUGGGUCUAAUACCGGGUUUGCUCUAUUAGAAGCCGAAAGAAUAACAUUAGAAUCGCAACAAUGCGCGGAUGAGUCAUUGUCGUUAUGAACCAACCAGAUGGAACGUUAUGAGGUGUAACCAUCAAACAAUGUGCUUCUGCUUGUCUUAGAGAAUAAUCAUAUACCAGAUUUGAUUUUGUAAAAAACAAUAUUUAAUUAAAUUUGUAAAAAUGUACAUUUCAUACAUGAAUGGGUGUUGUAUUUAAUCCUGUUUAUGCAAAUAAAAAGUUUUUUUUUUUCUAAAAA